CGGGUGCGCGCGACUGCGUGAGCGCGCACGAGAAAACAGUGGCACGAUUGCGGAGGAGUGUCGCCUCGCACUAAGCUGUUUGUUCUAUUGAAACGAUAAAAUUGUGAAUCGGAUUAACUGUAGGCCUAAAGUCAGUGUGUCGGCUUAUUAAAAAGAGAGAAAACAAGGACAAACACACAUAUUACUGGAUCUCCUCGUCCGACAAAAAGAAUACUCCGUGUAAAAGUUUCAGAUGCAUUUGUAUUGCUUCAGGUCUGGAGAGAAUGCUUCCAAAACUUUGACCAGUGGUUUCUACGGAAGGGAUGGCUGAUCGCAGUGACCUCGCAGUUGCCCCCGGUCAGCCAUACAUUGAGGUGGAGUACGACUAUGAGUACAAGUCCAAAGACCGUAUGAUUACCAUCAAACAAGGUGAAUGUUACUUGCUUGUAAAAAAGACCAAUGAAGACUGGUGGCAGGUUCGUAAGGAGGAGGGCAGUAAGCCUUUUUAUGUACCUGCCCAGUAUGUCCGGGAAGUGCGGCGAGCCCUCAUGCCACCCACCAAACCUCUCCCGCACACUGGAGGUGGGGUUGGGACACGAGUUGGAUCUGAGAAAAAAGGUUUAUCUACCCUGGAGCUCAAACAGUCUGAUGACAGUUUGAACAAGCAAUGCCCUGCUCAGUCAUCCUGUGCUGGGUAUCUGGUGGCAUUGCAGGCACCCCCAGAGGACAAAGCCAGUCCGAAAAGCCCCAGGAGGCAAGCUCAGCAAACAUUCCCGAACAUGCAGCAUACUUCUCUGCCUUUGACCUGGGCUGAGACCCCCCUCAGGCUUCGAGCACCACUGGAUUUAUAUAGAGAGACUGAUAGGGAGGAAGACAGUAUAGAAGAGGCAAGAACAGGUUUUGGAGAGAGGGAAAUAAAGGGAGAAGGAGGAGGGGAUAGGAAGAGAGAAGAAGAGUGGACAGGGGAUCUAGAAAGGAAAAGAGAUGUAGGUGGGGCCAGAGAUAUAGAGAGGAAAAGAGAAGUUGAAAUUGGAGAGGAUAAAUUAUGGGAACAAAAAAGAGAAGAAAGGUUUGAUAGAGAUAGAGAGAAAGCAGGGGAUGGACAGAGGGAGAAGAGGAAAGAAGGAGAGAGAGCAGAUGAUGGAGAAAAGGGUAGAAAGGGGGAAACAGUGCGACAUAAGACUGCUGCACCUGAAGAAUCUCCCAAAGAAGCCACAGAGAAAAAUCGGAGCGAUUUGGAAUCUGGGGAUGAGCUCAGCAGCAGUUCAACUGAGCAGCUUCAGGGAAGGCCUGACUCACCUGUCUACACUAACCUGCAGGAUUUAAAGAUCUCUCUGUCAUAUCUGCCUCCACUGCCCUCAUCCUCCCCACUUAAUACACAUGCAGAAUGGGAGACUUACAAAGAUGCAAAUGGUAGGCACUUCUACUACAACCGCAACACACAGGAGCGUACAUGGAAACCACCACGAUUACGAGACAGCCUUGGGAGGAGGGAGGAGAAACAUGUAACUGCUGUACCAGAGACCGAGGGGAGUGGAGGUAUGGCCAAAAAAUGCAGUUUGGACCGAAGACAGCCAGCUCCCAUAGUGACAAAAUGGAGGAAUAGUACAUGCAUAUUGGAGACUAACAAUAAGGAACCUUCAAAAGCAGGCACCCCAGAUACAGAAUUUUCUGACUUUUCCUCACCAAAACGUCCUCAUUCCCCCUGUGAAAAAUCAGGAUCCCUGAAUGUAACCAAGAUUACUGAACAUGGCAAGAAAGUCCGUAAGAACUGGACUUCAUCUUGGGCAGUUUUACAAGGCUCUCAAUUGAUAUUUGCCAAAAGUCAGGCAAUGGCCACCAGUUGGUUUGGGAGCCACCAAUCAAAGCCAGAAUUCACUGUAGAUCUGAAGGGAGCAACUGUAGAGAAGGCAUCCAAAGAGAAGUCCAGCAAGAAACAUGUUUUAGAGGUGAAGACUCAACGUGGUACAGAGCUCCUUAUUCAAUCAGAUAUUGAGAGCGUUAUUAAUGAGUGGUUCAAAGCACUGAAUGAAGCCAUAAAUGUACAUGCUUGGGAGUCUGAUGAGGCUAUUGAAGAGGACAUGCCAGAAUCUCCAGGACUAGAGAAACAUGAGAAAGAGAACCAAGACCAACAGAAGAAGACCAAAACAAGGUUGAAGAAAUUUCUCAUACGUAGGCCCUCUCUACAGGCUGUUAAAGACAAGGGUUACAUCAAAGAUCUGGUGUUUGGCUGUAAUCUGAUCAGUCUCUGUCAGAGGGAGAAAACUACUGUCCCUCAGUUUGUCAAGAUGUGUAUUGACUACAUAGAAAAGGAAGGUCUGUGUUUGGAUGGUCUCUAUAGAGUGAGUGGGAAUCUGGCAGUCAUACAGAAGCUGAGAUUUGCUGUUAAUCAUGAUGAGAAGAUAAAUUUGGCAGAUAGUAAAUGGGAGGACAUUCAUGUUGCUACCGGAGCACUAAAGAUGUUUUUCCGAGAGCUUCCAGAACCACUCUUUACCUAUGCCUACUUCAAUGACUUUUUUAGUGCCAUCAAAAUCACAGACUAUACACAAAAAGUACAAGCCAUCAAAGAACUAGUGAAGCAGCUGCCUCAACCCAACCAUGAUACAAUGCAGGAACUUUUUAAACACCUGAGAAAAGUGAUAGAGCAUGGCGAGCAGAAUAGGAUGACCACGCAAAGUGUUGCAAUCGUGUUUGGCCCAACUCUGUUACGUCCUGAGAUUGAGAACAUACAGAUGGCAGUUCAUAUGGUUUACCAAAACCAAAUUGUUGAGCUCAUUCUACAUGAGUAUGAGGCCAUAUUCGGUAUGUAAACUGUGAUGUUCACCAUCUAAAGACUAUGGAAAGAUAACUUCUGAAAGGAUAUCCAUAAACUGAAACUGUAUUAACAUGCCUAAAUAUGUAGGAUCCAUUUGUAAAGUACACUCAACCAAUCUUUAAUUCCUCUUUUUUUUUAUACUUUAAUGGGACAAAAUUGCUUUCAUGGAGCGUUUUUUUGUUAGUCAUUUGUUUUUGAACAGUAGCUCGUUAUAAGAGCUUAUAAGGCAACCCAAAACACUUACCGUGCACUUUUAUGAUUGAACAUAUAAAACAUUCACAUUCUCUAUCUGUUGAAGCAGAAUUGCAAAACAGCUGUAUUGCUUUCAUGGAAGCAAAGACAAAAUAAGUGCUACGAAAAGCAAAUGCACAUCUUUCAUAUUACAAGUCUCUUCAGUGUAUUGGCUUUUCAUUUGACCACUGCUGAUGAAGCACAGUAUUCUGUUGCCUUCUGUUUACCAUAGAAAGGGGUCAAAAUUCAUAAAUGCUAUGGCUAAACCAUAUAUGGUGGCAACCCUGCAAUAAGUAAUAGCCUUCAGUUGCAGAA